CUCAGUGCCCCCCUCCCAUGUGCUUUUGUUCCUAGGUGGGACAGGGGUAUCCUCACGACCCCCCCAAAGUGAAAUGUGAGACCAUGGUGUACCACCCGAACAUCGACUUGGAGGGCAACGUGUGUCUCAACAUCCUCAGAGAGGAUUGGAAGCCAGUGCUGACAAUAAACUCCAUUAUUUAUGGACUUCAGUAUCUCUUCCUGGAGCCCAACCCUGAAGAUCCUCUGAACAAGGAAGCAGCCGAGGUCCUUCAGAACAACCGGCGCCUCUUUGAGCAGAACGUACAGCGGUCGCUGCGGGGGGGCUACGUGGGCUCCACUUACUUUGAACGCUGUCUGAAAUAAACAGAGCCGGGCUGAGACACACACACACACACACACACACACGCACACACACACACACACACGCACACACACACACACGGUCGCUGCGGGGGGGCUACGUGGGGUCCACUUACUUUGAACGCUGUCUGAAAUAAACAGAGCCGGGCUGAGACACACACACACACACACACACACACAGUGAGACACACACACACAGUGAGACACACACACUGAGACAUGCGCACAGACACUGAGACACACACACUGAGACAUGCGCACACACACAGACACUGAGACACACGCUCAGACAGACUGACACACUCACAGAGACUGACACACACACUCUGACAGACUGACACGCACACACACUGAGACAGGCAGACAGACAGACAGACACUGAGACACAGACACACUGACAAGCAGACAGACACACAGACACACUCAGACAAGCAGACAGACACACAGACGCACUCAGACAAGCAGACACACACUCAGCCAAGCAGACAGACAGACACUGAGACACACACACUCAUACAGACAGACACUGAGACUCACACUGAGGCAGACAGACGGACGGACACACUCUCACUCAGACAGACAGACAGACACUGAGACACACUCUCACUCAGACAGACGGACGGACGGGUUCUGUUCCCGGUUGUUGAUCUGUUUUCAAUGCUGUGUUUGCGUUGGAAACCUUCCCAUCUGACAAACAAUAAAAACGUGAAUAUUUUUCAAA